UCUCGAAUUUUCUUCAUUAUUUGAGAAAAUAAUACCAGUUUUACAGUUCUAAUGAAUUCAUAAUGAAUUCCAAACGAUGCGCGAUUUCUAUUAUAUUUUGCCUAGUUUUGUUUCUCAAUAUUGCGUCGCUAGAAAAUACAACUGUAGCGAAUAAAACUAUUGUGAACGUUACAGCAAUAAAAGAAGCGAAAAUUAUUCCAGAUCCUAAUGUUACUAUAGCUACAAUUGUCCCAUUGGCGAGUUCUACUGAAGGUACUGUAAAUAAAACUGAUAAUUCCACUGUUAUAAAGCAUACAAAUGUUACUGCAGAGAUUAAUAAUACUACAACAGCUCAAACUGCUGAUCCAGUACCCGUACUGCCAGCAAAAGAAGCUGCUGAAGAUGAACAUAACAGUUCCAUGGCUAUAUUUUUUGUUUUAUGCGUUUUAGCAAUAGGAAUUCUAUUGAUACAUUUAAUGCUUCAAACUCAUUUUCGUUAUGUUCCUGAAAGUAUUGUUAUCGUAUUUUUAGGCGCAUUAAUAGGUUUAACAAUGAGUUCGUUGUCUAGUAGAAAUAUUAGUAAUUGGAGAAAAGAAGAAGCUUUUUCUCCAACAGCAUUUUUCCUCAUACUUCUUCCUCCUAUAAUAUUUGAAUCAGGGUAUAAUCUGCAUAAAGGUAAUUUUUUUCAAAAUAUUGGUUCUAUUUUAUUAUUUGCUAUAUUUGGAACUACCAUUUCAGCUUUUGUGAUAGGUUUCGGUAUAUAUUUUCUUGGAUUAGCUGAUGUUGUUUAUAAACUUGGUUUUGUGGAGUCUUUCGCGUUUGGUUCUUUAAUAUCUGCUGUCGAUCCUGUAGCUACUAUUGCUAUAUUUCAUGCUUUAAAUGUAGAUCCGAUUUUGAACAUGUUAGUGUUUGGUGAGAGUAUUUUAAAUGAUGCAAUCGCUAUAGUUCUAACUAAUGCUGCUUUGGAAUCUAAUAAUCCUGAUAUGAAUACUGGUGAAGCUAUUGUUCUAGGAAUAGAACGAUUUUGCUUGAUGUUCUUUGCUUCUGCACUUCUUGGAGUAGUUUUUGCACUUGUAAGUGCAUUACUUUUGAAGCAUGUUGAUUUAAGAAAGAAUCCUUCACUAGAAUUUGGUAUGAUGUUAGUCUUUACUUACGCCCCGUACGUUUUAGCAGAAGGUAUCCAUCUUUCUGGUAUUAUGGCUAUAUUAUUUUGUGGUAUAGUUAUGUCACAUUAUACCCAUUUCAAUCUAUCAACUGUUACUCAAAUAACAAUGCAGCAGACUCUGCGUACGUUGGCUUUUAUAGCUGAAACCUGCGUUUUUGCUUACUUAGGAUUAGCUUUAUUCAGUUUCAAACAUAGAGUAGAACCUGCUUUAAUCAUCUGGAGCAUAGUUCUAUGUCUUCUUGGUAGAGCUUGUAACAUAUUCCCAUUAGCAAUUCUAGUCAAUAGGUUUAGAGAGCAUCAAAUUACCAAAAAAAUGAUGUUCAUAAUGUGGUUUAGUGGAUUAAGAGGGGCGAUUUCUUACGCCCUAUCGCUGCAUCUUAAUUUCAGUGAUGAAACAAGGCAUGUAAUUAUCACUACUACUUUAAUUAUUGUGUUGGUAACCACCCUGAUUUUUGGCGGCGCGACUAUGCCUCUGUUGAAGUUUCUGCAAGCUACUAAAAAUCCAUCUAGAAGACUGAAAAAGCGUAAGAAGGAUAGAGAAGUGACUUUGAGCAAAACGAGGGAGUGGGGGCAAACUUUGGAUUCGGAGCAUUUGUCGGAAACGACCGAGGGCGAGGUGGAGGUGUCUUUCGUUUCUGAGCAUAUCAAAGGGUUUGCUAAAUAUGAUCUGAAGUAUUUUAGACCGUUCUUCACUAGGCGAUUUACACAACAGGAAUUGAAAGAUUGUAAAAGUCAAAUGACAGAUCUCACCAACCAAUGGUACCAAGCCAUUCGAAUAUCUCCAGAUCAAUCUGACGAGGAUAGUGCAAAUACAGCAAGAUCUAGUAUAUCUAGCAUCGUACGCUAGUUAUUGAAUAUUUUGAAAUGCUUUCCAACUUUAUUAAUAAUUAAUAAUAAUAAUUAUAAUAAUAAAAACAGUAUUGAAAGGCGAAUGUGCCACUAGUCAAAAUAUCCUUAAAUUUUGCUAUGUUAUUGUAGGAAUUGUUUUAAAAAUUAUGGUUGUAAAUUGUUGACUAGUCUAUCUAAUUAAUGUAAGAUUCACAAAUUUGGGUGAUAAAAAUAUAUUAUACGAUUUAAGAAAGUAAGUUGUUU